AGUGUUUUCUACAGUCAAAUUGAAGUCUACAGUCACUGACGUCGUGGGGUAGUAUACAGUCAGAGGGUAGUCUACAGUCAGAGGGUAGUCUACAGUCACUGAUGUCAUGGGGGAGUAUAUAGCCAAAGGGGAGUAUAUAGCCAAAGGGGAGUCUACAGUCAGAGGGGAGUCUACAGUCAAGGCGGAGUCUACAGUCACGAACCACGUGAUUAAAUGAUGUAUAAAUUUGAUCGAUUUGAAUGAUUUUCACCAGUCCUGAACAAGUCUCAGAGAGGAUACGGGUUAACUUCAUUUUUUUUAUUGUGAGAGUUUUGAUGUGGACAGAGAUGGAGGAUAAACAUCAAAACCUUAUUAAGGCAAACUACACUAUAUUGGUGAAGAAGAUGAUGGCAAUUCGAGUCGCGGAACAUUUGUAUGCUUCAAACAUAAUUACCGACGAAAUGAGGCAACGCAUAGAAGCCGAGAAAACCAGUUACGACCAAAGCAGAAAACUGAUUAGUAUCAUUUUACGUCGAGGAUCGAGGGCUUUUGUGGGAUUCCGAAUGGCCUUAAUGAAAGCCAAUCAAGCUGAUUUAUCGAGACUCUUGAUGAAUAAUGACGAUGAUACGAAGUCUGAAUACGAAAAGAAAUUAGCUAUGGCAAGAUCUUUAGUCAUUCCUACCAAAGAAAGAGGAGAUUCCGGAAACCAAUCAAAGAAAGCUACACACCCUCAGUCUCAGGAGCCAAGAUGUAGGAUAAGUCUGGAUGACUUUAAUGACCUGUUCCUCACCGUCAUGCCUUACAAGGGAACGGUUUACGUUCACAUUCGCCAUCUCGCAGAAUCCCAUGGUCGUCUCAUUGCCACAAAGAAAGGAGUCACCUUUCCUUUGGCUCGUUGGUUAAAAUUUGAAUCCCUUCUUCCAGAUAUCCAAGACUACAUAGACAACAUUGGAAAGGAAAAUGGAGAAGUGCAGUGGCAUAUUGGCGGAGGCGUGUUCGUCUCAUUGUCACCCGGCUACCCUACAGUGGAUAUAAGACACUUUUGGAAGCCCGACGAUGCCCCAGAACCCAUACCGACAAAGAAGGGUGUCACUUUGAACGGAAACAAACUAGCCAGACUUAGAGAUGCCCUUGAAGAAAUACAUGAAUCUGUUCCAGAGCUCAAAGACACCGAACUCUGUAUGUUCAGCGAAUCUCAUCAAAAUCAACUUGGAAUGUUAGACUGUCCCGAAUGUACCCCGUUCGGUUACGAUGCCCAAGACAAUAUGUCCAAGGAAUGCAAUGUGGGAGAUUUACAGGACGUGAAAUCGAUUGAGAGUGAUCUUGAUUGACCUAAUGACCAUGAACACUGAAUUCAAAAUUAAUGAUGAGAAUAAUUAUAUAUACACAUGUUUGUUUUUCAUUCGAAAUCUAAUAAAAAUGAAUAGUAAUUAGUUGCCUGUCUUAAUUGGUUUGUUACUUGAAUAUAAAAGGUGAUAAUCAAAGAUGGAUCAUCAUUGGAACGCAGUAUGUCAAACUACACGGAUUACUUGAAGGAUCUCUACUACACUCCCGGGAAACCGGGAGCAUUUGCUGGUCCCGAAAAAUUGUAUCAAGCCGUUAAACAGGAAGGCAAAUACAAGAUUGGCAGAAGGAGAAUAAGACAAUUUUUAAACAACGAAGACUCAUAUAGUCUUUAUAAGCCUAUUCGUAAGACGUUUCCGCGCUCUAAAGUAAUAGUGAACACAAUCGACUCUAUGUGGGAUGGUGACUUAGCCGACGUCAGUAAUAUUGCAUCUCACAACGACGGUUACAAAUUCUUAUUGGUUUUAAUUGACAUAUUUAGUCGAUAUUUAUUUAUAGUCCCCUUGACAAAUAAACAUCAUCAAAACAUCAUCGAUGGUUUAAAAUCAGUUUUUCAAACUGGACGAAAACCACACACCCUUAGAACAGACAAAGGUAGCGAAUUCAAAAAUCGUUGGGUAAAGACGUUUCUGAAAAAAGAAGGAAUUAACGUGAUAUACACACAAAAUGAAACCAAAGCAAAUUAUGCGGAGAGAGUGAUUCGUACCAUGAAGAACCUUAUGUAUCGCUAUUUCAUGAAAAACAAAACUUACCGAUUUGUGAAUGUGUUGCAAGACUUGGUGAAAAGUUACAACAACAGACCUCACAGAUCUUUGGGUGGCAAUGCUCCCCUUACUGUCAACCAGGGAAAUGCUGAUGAAAUAAGACUCGAUGCUUAUCUUGCGGGAACAAAACCAAAAUCGGAUCUGAGAAAAAAGAAUGGUAACCAGCAUACAUCCAAGAAAACAAUGAAAAAAAGAGUAAAACCAUUUUUCAAGUUAAAAGUUGGAGAUAAUGUCAGGAUAUCACAGCUUAAACACCCUUUUCAAAGAGACUAUCAACAGAAAUGGACAGAAGAAUUUUUCAAAGUCGUUAAAAGAUACAAAAGGGGUCAAAUACCUGUAUACAAAGUACAAGAUUUGGCAGACGAUCCUAUAGAAGGCACCUUCUACCAAUCUGAGCUUCAAAAAGUUGUCAAGUCUGAGGAUGUUGCCUAUAGAGUUGAAAAAAUUCUUAAAAGGAGGCGUCGUGGAAAAACCAAAGAAGUAUUUGUAAAAUGGGAAGGAUGGCCUAAGAAAUUCAAUUCUUGGAUUCCAGAAAGCUCUCUGGAAAAGCAAUAAAAGUCACUAAUUUCUACAAGAUGUGUUCAUUCAAAAUGAGCGUUCGGAUGGUGUUGACGUCUACGGACAGUUCUGAUUAUUUUGACAAUAAACCAAAUUGUUAUCGAGUUCAAUUGAAUAAACAGAUUCAAUUCGACGGAUAUUGGACUGUUGCCCUGACAGAAUUUUCCUCAGAAAGCUGGAUUACAUCCAAAAAAGAAUCUGAGUUGUUUGUGUGUUGUGAUAUUUGUGAAGAAACUCUUAUUGGUGGAAAAGAAGCACCUCUCCUAAGACGCAUAUACCUGGGGAAGAAACCAGAAAAUAUCACUUACCCACUACCGUAUUACAUUCCAGUAAAAAUCGGCCAAUUGCAGCAGAUUGGCAUAUAUAUAACAGACAGAGAAGGAAACUUAGUGUCAUUCUUAGACGGACCGGUGACCGUAACACUUCAUUUCAAGAAGUUUCCUUACGUUCUGUGAAGAUGAAUAGCCAAACUUACGUCAGUGAUCCCAGAAUGUGGGAAAUCUUUUACAAGAACAUGGCAGAGAAAAAGUUCAACCCUUAUAGAUACAAGCCUAAACAAAUUGGAAGAGGUGUGAAAAGUUAUAAGUCUUAUGUCAUUCCAUUGAGACCUCACUCACAAUUAGAAUCAGUACAACAAACCAGCACUCAAAUGACCCCAGUGACUGCGGUGGAGGAAAGAGCUAAGAUCGAACAUGCCAAGGAUGUCAAAGAGGGUGUUCCAUUCGUCAAGGUGCAGGGGAGUAUAAAAAGGCCACGUUCUCAAUCGUCUGUCAUUCCUUCCAAGAAAUCGAAACGAACAACAUCUCAAAGGAAGAAGUCGUCUAAGCCUGCAAAACAACGAAAAAAGUCAGGAAAAACGACACAGAAGACAAUUAAGAAAAAGCGAGGAGCACCAGGCAAGAAAACACAAUCGAGAAAGAAGAAAGAGUUUAAGAUUGACAGUUACAGGAGUAUCUUUAAACAGUAGAAAUGGCCUUUUUAAGCAGUGAUAAUAAAGACAUAGCUCAACCUAUGGAACUGUCUCUUUUUGCGUCUCCAACAAAUCAGGUAGCGGUCGAAAAAGUGUACUUUACAGAAGCAAGACCGAUUUCUAGCAUAGGAGUAUCCGAUACACCAAUCGAAAUCGUAGUAUCUGGUUCGGGGGCAGAAUACAUUGAUUUAAAAAGGAGUAAAUUGUAUGUGAAAGCCCGAAUUUUGAAAGCAGAUGGAACGGCGCUGGCAGAAAAUGAAAAAACGGGCAUUGUAAAUUUACCACUUCAAAGUAUGUUUUCCCAGAUGGAUGUCUACUUGAACAACAAAUUAGUUUCUUUCAACACAAACAACUAUCCGUGGAAGGCCUAUUUCAAGACAAUUUUAUUCAGCGGGAGAGACGAACUUAGUUCACAGAAACAAUCCGAGCUGUUUUUUAAAGAAGAGGGAAACCUGAGUGACGCCAAUGCAUACAAUGGGGGGGAAUGCUGGACUGGUCCUGCGGUAUGGAUACACUCAGCAAAGUGCAGUCUUUGAGUUGGAAGGAAACCUGAUGGAAGAUGUCUUUGAUAUAGAUAAAUAUUUGAUAAACGGGGUAGACAUUUACAUCAAACUCUUUAGAUCCAGUGCCCCGUUUGUCAUUAUGUCGGCUGAAUCUUCACCAGCUUUCAAAUUAGAGUUACUGGACGUUGUGUACAAAGUAGCCAAAGUGCGAGUAGACCCCGGCGUUCUACUGAACCAUAGUAAACAGAUAGAAGCAACCCCCGUGAAGUAUACUAUCAUGCGAAAUGAAUUGAAAAUGAAUACUAUUCCUAAAGGAUCCACAGAGUUUUACUGGGACAACAUUUUUCCUCAAGCGGUCCCCGAUCGCAUCGUGGUGGCCUUGGUGGACCAGAAAGCCGUCAAUGGGGACUACACCGCUAACCCCUUUAACUUUGAGCAUAUGGGGUUAACAGACGUCGGAAUAUACGUUAACGGAGAAAGUGUACCCGGUAGACCGCUCAAAACAGACUUCUCAGCGGGACUGUAUUCAGCAGCUUACGCUCGUUUGUUUGAAGCCUCGGGAAAAUGGAACAAUGAUGCCGGACUGAUCAUCACUCGUGAUAAUUUUGGAAGUGGAUAUUCGCUGUUUGUUUUCACUAUUGAUUCCUGUGGAUUUGGAGAAGAGUAUUUAAAUCUGAUUCGUCGGGGAAACACCAGACUGGAACUGAAAUUUAAACAAGCAACAACUAAAGCUGCUAACGCAAUUGUAUUUGCUACCUUUUCAUCUCUACUGGAAGUCGACAAAUCACGUGAUAUCAACUACAUUCAACCAUGAAUUCGACACAGUUGCUAAAUAUGGUGAAAACGGACCCCUGCUUAAGAUGCUAUGUGAAAGGUGUAUUUGCUAGUAACACAUUACCCCAAAUCGUUACAAGGUAUCCGAGUGCCUUCAUCGUCAAUACACAACCUUUACCAAUGCCUGGAGAACAUUGGGUGGCAAUAAUCGUGCGAAGUCCAUCCCAAGCAGAGUUUUUCGACAGCCUUGGGAAAUCACCAACUCAUUACAAUCAAGACAUUCAAAACUUUUUGAGGAUGAGCAGUGUACAAUGUAAUUUCAAGUCUAUACGACUACAGCCUCGUAAUUCCGAUUUGUGUGGACUUUAUGUAUUAGUAUUUUUAAUUGCAAGAUUGUGUUUCAAAAACUCGAUAAAUGAUGUGUAUGCUUUAUUUUCUAAAGACAUUCAAUCCAAUGAUGAUUUUGUGAAACGUUUUAUGUAUGAUUAUUCUGUCAUUAAAAUUAAUCAUGAAACAUAGAUAGAGAAGUUAUUUUUAUACUGUCAUUGAAUAAGUUUGUUAAUAUAUAUAUAUGUGCGCGUAGCAUUACGCUGGACUUCAGUAUGAGGAAGCCUGGCUACCGAGGAACAUGGCAACAGAGAACAUAAACGAUUGGUGGAACACUCGUUCCUUGCUUCCGUUUUCGGCACCUUCCACUAUUCUGAUAUGUGGAAGUACACAAAGCGGUAAAACGCAUUUUACUAAAACACUUUUACAAAACGCCAAUGGCAUGUUCUCUAUACCUGUUGAUAGAAUAAUUUAUGCUUAUUCUGAACAUCAACCCAUGUUUGAGGAAAUGAAGCAGACGAUACCAAACCUUUCAUUACAUCAAGGAAUGCCUUCAAAAGAAGACAUAGAGCAGUACACAGAGGGUGUCAGUCACACUAUAGUGGUACUGGAUGAUCUCAUGUUACAAGUUGCGCAAUCACAAGAUUGUGUGCAUCUAUUCACGGUGACAUCUCAUCAUAGAAACGUGACCACCGUGAUGUUGUCUCAGAACUUAUACCCGCCGGGAAAAUACGCCAGGACCAUUUCACUGAAUUGUCUUAAUGUCAUUUUGUUUAAGAAUUACCGCGAUUCCCGACAGAUCAUCACCUUUGGAUCUCAGAUCUUACCAGGACAAGUUCCUUUUUUCAAAGCAGCCUAUGAAUCUGCGACUCGACCCAAUUUCGGUUACUUACAUGUUUGCCUGGAACCUACACAGAACAGAGAGUAUCAGUUAAGAACACGCAUUCUUCCGGGAGAAGAGAUGAUUAUUUACCAACCUCUAUAAAUAAGUAUGAUUUGAUGUGUUCGCCUCAUUAUUCAAAGAUGAAGCAAACGGUGAAGAAACACGAGGCUUUUUUAAAGUUUCUUGUCUGUGCAGACAAUGCCCAGCAAAAAGUAAUCGUUAAAGCCUUGAACAGUGAACAGUACGAUGUGCUCAGUGAAAUAGCACUUAACAUUUACACCGGAACUUAUCCUCUGACUAAAAAGUAUAUAAACCAACUGAAACCUUAUGAAUCAUGCAUUCGAUCCUUGGGGUCCAGAGAAGUCAGCAACCGAGAGAAACGUCGCAUACUAUUGAAAAACAUUCCUUUAGUGCCGCUUCUACUUAAACCCAUUGUUCAACAUUUCAAAGGAAAAUGGCAAAGGAAAUGAUACUUGUACCGAAACUGAAAUAUGAACGUUUACUUCAAAAAUUAGAACCUGCUGAUACGUCAUCCCGAGAAGUCGACCGAACUUCGAAGCAAUCCUCAGAAGGUCAAGAACAAACUGCCAGUGACUUAGUGGAUAAAACUAAUUUGUUACAAACUGGAACAGGUUACGUCGCUAAGAAGAUGAAGGUUGGGAAACCUCCUGGAAUUUCCAAUGUUCGGCGGAAGAAGAAAAACGUACCCUGGCUCACAUAUUGACAGUGUAAUAACAACGAAUAAUGUCUUUUAUCAUUUUAUUUGUGUAUUUAUCAUUCAAUAAAAAAAACAAAAACGUCAAAAUAUUUCGUUUUAUAAUCAAAAUCCAAAUGGCAACGUGUCUAAAUUAGGAAGAAUUCUCCUUUUAGUGUAAACCAUCUUAUAAUUUUUAGUUUCAACCCUAUUUAACAAUUUUCGCUUUCUGCUGUCUCUCGAUAUUUUACAAGGGUUGACAAUUUCAAUUUGUCGGUCGUGUGAGGUACAGAUUAUCGACUUGAUAGCCUGGAAAUUGAUAAGUUUCGAGUUGGCCCAGUUAAGUGUAAACCCUCUAACUUUGCAUUCUUCUUUUCCCGACAGUGUGCGGUAAGCGUAGUUUUUAGGACCCCCAGAAACGAAUUCGACAAUGUACCCGUCUUGUGGAGAGAUUUCAUUAGUCAAUUCUCCCAGGUGAUUACCUAUGGGGAGAUAAUUCAAGUUGUCCGACUUUUUUGUCUUGAAGAUGACACUGUCUGUAUCGAAAUACAAGACGUUCUCGUUUAAUUUGUCGAGAACGCCAUACAAUUUCAGUCGAGCCCACAUGGUGGUAAAAGAGGCCAAGAAUAUAUUAGUUUUAUUGUCGAAUGACGCGAAUAGGGGGUUGUUACUCCAUUCUAAUUGAAGAAUGUCUCUCGAAACAAUGUGAAAGUUGUGUGGUACUUUUGUAGGAUCUGAGAGCAUUUGAAAAAAAUUUUCGGCUUCCGAUUCGUGAAUGAACACGGAUUGUUGCAUGCCCAACCUCUGACCAAAUUUCCCCCAAAAGCUAUUCAGACAAAGUUUCGCUAAACAUCGCAAACCGGGAUUUUUUUUAAUUUUUUCAUACUCUAAUUGGAUACCUUCGUUUUCUUUGUAUUCCCUAAUGUAUUUUCUUUUGGUCUCUUCCGUGUCGCAUUCGGCCGGAAAUCCGGAAGCCUCCUGUUUUAUUUUUAAAAACAUGUUCACAUACUGAGCGAAUAAUCCCCCCUCACACGACUCGACAUCGUAUUUGGAAGACUCGGCAAAAUGAUAAACUUCAUAGAUUUUCAAGAUUUCGUACCCUUUUGACGUUGCCAUUUGAAUUUCAGGAGUACACCACGUGCCCGUGAUGGAUCUCUCUUCAACAGAGCAUGUACAUUCAUUUUGAUUUUCACUGUCUGCACACGUUUUACAAAGUGGGAACUUCAAUUUUCCAUUCGAAUUGUAUGGAAGUACGGGAUGAUAAAGUUUUCUAGGGGGGAGAAUUUUUAUUUUAGCCAGUCCAAAAUAUUGCGACAAGUCCUGAAAAUCGUCCGUUAUGAUGGUCGGAUGGCCGACGGGAUACCGACAAUACUUGUUGGUCCAGGGAUAGAGACUGGUAAAAUCGAAAUAUUGGAUUGUUUCGUCUUCUGCAGCUUUAUAAUGCAGUUUGAUGGCAUUGGUGCGACCACCGAAAAAACUGUCACGUGGGUCGAGUCUGUCUUGGAGAUCUAGGGUGGACACGAAUUGUUGCAAAGCUACAUUCUUCUCCAAUUGAAAUUUAAAUUGAUGCUCCCACACAAUGACCAAUUUGUAUCCCAGAUUUUUCAAUUCCUUUUCUCUGUGUUUGGUCAUGUCGUACAAUUCUUUGAUGGUCUGAUUGGUAGACGGGUGUUUGAUGGUAUUCCUAUCGUCUGGGAAACAGUUGGGACAACCGUGGAAUACACAACCUGUACCAAAAUGAACAAUAUCAAUCCUCAAUACAUUCGUAAUUAAGUCCAGGUACGCCGCCGCCGCCGCCCCCCCCCCCCCUCCAGUUUAGGGGGAAAACGGGGGGGCAGAGGUUAAAAUAAUAAGCUCUUACCAUAGAAUUCAUAAAUGGUUCCGUUUCCGCCAGGAAUCUUGACAAACCCGUCACAUCUGUAAUUGGUCCCUGGCACUUGGAAUUCACCACCGUUGAGAGCGUGGGAAAUGACAAUGGGGUUACCCCGCUGACGACUUUUUUCCAUCAACCACUCCAGCCACUGGAUGGAAAUUUUGCUGUAAUUGUCGCGCUUCGUGUAUCCUUGAGAUGGUACUACUGCCACGGGACUUUUGAAAUGUCGUUUUCCUAUCUGUACAUUGUCGUCCUUUCUUAAAUCGACGAGAGACGUCCAAGAAUCACCGAGAUGGACCCCCUCUAAACUCUUAUGAUGACGAAUGUCGUACAAAUCCGAUUCACCAUCUUUGGUGAUUUCUAUUUUACUUUUUCCCUUCAAAAAGAGCGACUUGAAUAUCCCCAUGCAGACACUUGCAAUGGUGACAAAAUCAAAGGGGUCGACUCCACCCGAGCUCGUUUUCUUGAUGAUUCCGUUUGCUUGAACCGUUUCCUCUGUUAGAGUUGUCACCUUGAUCACCAAGUUUCUAAAUUCUAGACACCCCCGCCUCAAUAUAUCAACGUCCGAGCGACAAUAUUGCAACAUUUCUUCUCGAAAGUUAAAGGUUUCGUCUCGUUUCGUUGCAUGCCAUUCGGCAAGCUUUUUCCGCUCCCCGGCCGACAUGAAAUCGUAUCCGUAGUACUUCAACUCUGGAUACGGCCCCACGUAGUUUUGAUUGGCUUUAGUAUUAAAUAAAUGGGGAAAGUAUCCCUUACAGAGUUCCUGUAGACCGAAGGCAUCUGGUAUUUUGGCAAGCUUCAUGGGCAGGAAAUUGAGGGAAUCCACAAAAGUCAAAUUUAAUUUGUGCGCAAUGUGCAUGUACAUGAUUUUAGAACCGUUGUAAAUGAUCUUGCUAGGUCGAAUAGAGUGACGGUCUAUGAGCACUUCUAAAACCGGAUACAAGUCGAAACUUUUGGCAUUGUGGGCAAUCAAGAUCGAAUUUUUACAAUGUUCACUGGUGACGAAAGCACAGAACUGCUCGGCGGCGUUGUCGCCAGAAAACACCACUUCCCUUUUUCCACAAGUGUCGGGACAAGGGGGGUUCACAUAUUCACCUUUAUGGGUUCGGGAGCAUUGCUCACACCGUGUUCCGCAGUAACUACAGGAGGCGCCCUCCACCAGUUCCCUUUUCUCACAUAUGUGACAGGUGGUCUGCAGCACGGCAAAGUUGACUUUGUGUUGUUGUAGACCACAGGACGGAUCACGACAGUUCUGACAGAGUCUACAGUCUACGCACUGGCGUUCUUUUUUGACACAUUGGUCGCAUCUGAUGCAAGACGGUCGAUACCCUUGCUCGCAAUGAAAGAUGUCCUCUUGACGCGUCUCAAAAUCGUAGAAAAUAAAUUUUUUGUCUCUUUUUUCUAAAUCACAUCCACACGGUUUUUGAUAACAAUGAUGUUCUCCUAUUUGAUAUUCUAGACAGUUAGGGCACUGCCAUUCUUGACAAACGUGCAAGUCGGGAGAGCGUUUACAGCAAUGUAGAAUGACCCUACAUUUUUUACAUUGGUGAAACAGUUCGCAAGGAGGAGGAUAACUCUCUUUCUUGACGACUCUUUGUUUUUUAUGACGUUUAAAACACGCCACGGAACGACAGACCCGUCCACAGGUUCGACAACCUAUUUGGACAUUUGUUUCUGGACAGUGGUCAUGUAAGCAAACCUCACACGAGGUGGUACACGUGUGUUUGGAUUUAUCAUUAUACGGUUUUAAACAAGUAUGGCAAAAAUACGAUGCCUUAAAAAAGCCUUGUAUGCUGGCAAUCCCGUGCCAGUGUUUUUCAGUUUCUGUGUCCACGUGAUAUAAAUACAGACGUGGCUUGUCCUCGUCCUCCGUCACCCUGACAAAUUUAUUCCCUACUCUUGAGGACACAACGUUGAUACAGACACCAAGUAAGGUUUCGAAUGGUUCGAUGUCGUUCAAACCUAAAUAUCUGUCAGUAGGAACUCCGGCUCUUUCACACAGCCACAUCGCCAACUCCGUUUGCAUUUUUUUUCUCGAGGUUUUCAAGAUAUUGUUGUAAUAGGAUCGAGUAACAGUACGGUGCUUGAUGAUAUGGUCGAACAUUGUUCCGGCAUCUUUCCCCACUAAAUUUGUCCACGUAACGGCAUCUACUUUUUCACACGUUUUCAGGUAACAGAGACCAAUGGAAAUGGCCAUACAUACGUUGUUAUCAUUUUGUACGUGAAAAAGCGAUCUCUUUCUUUCUACGCUAUUUUUAGGACCAAAGAGAGACGUGAUGGGUAAUUUUCUAGGGUUACCUCCCCCUUUGGGCAAAUCGAUGGACCCUAUGGUGAUCAACAGAUUUUCGUCCACGGACAAGCUUUCAUUCGAAUUAAGUACUUUGGUGAUCUCGGACAGGACGACAUCUGCAUUCAGAUUUUCCCAGGAUUGUAGCGGCACGACGAUCGGAUUGUUUAAACUCGAAUGACUGAUGACCACCCUUCCCAGAUCCGCAUCGUGACCCCGGGCCUCUGACAACAGGUCGUCGAACAUAUCGUGCAACUUGUUAUGUAUAUCUAACAAUUUAUCCCCCUUCCACUGCUCGUUAAAUUUGACCUUAAACGUGGUGUCGCGGGCCAAGUUUUUCUUAAAUGUUCGAGUGUCUCUCUUCCAAAUGAAAUAGGGUUUUUCUAAUGGGUCUUCAGACUCUUCCCCACCCCCAACCUGCCCACUUGUAGAAGGUUGAUUACCAUCUUCGAGAGAUGGUCGGAUUUUUUUGGUAGGAGAUUCCAUAUCAGACAGAACCUCUUGCCACAAGUUGUCGAUGUGCUUUUCCCAUUGGAGUUCAUGUAAUCGGUCCUUAACCUCAACAUCAUCGUCUAAACCAUUUGCCGUUGCAAAUAACCGCACAGAGUCCGGAUCCUCCAAGGAAUCCAAGAUUUCUUUUAAUAAGCUACCAUCCAUCAUCUUCUAAAUGAAUAAAAGUAUACAUUUACUGGACACUUAUACUUAUUUUCAAAAUUAAUGCUGAAGUGUAGUAAGAAGUUGAAUAGGUUCAAUCUCUAAGAAAAGAAAGAGAGCAUGCUAUUUCACAUUUUUUUUAACUCAAUCUCCCCACUUUCAUCCGAUAUUCAAGUAAAAAUCAAUUCCAAACUUUUGAAAAACCUUUUAAUUGGUAAUAUGAGGUAGAUUUAAAACAAAUCAUUUGUAUAAUCAUAUAUAAAAAGUAAAAUUAAACAUCGCUAAAAUCACAUUUUUUGUUGCAUCUAAAAAAUAUAUAUGGGUUAAACAACCAGACUUUUUUGUGUCAGGCGUUUUUAUAAAUCACACAAGUUAAUAAUUAAUAACAAAAAUACUUGUCAACAAACAUGAAAUGCUUUGUAGACAUAAAUACAUCAAACAUGAAAUGUUUUGUUGACAAAAAUACAUAAACCAGUAAUCUCAGAAUUUUUCAAAAAUAAAAUAACACGUCAUAUAAUUAAAAAAAAUUGUCUAAACUACAGAAAAAAUACAUCUUCAUUUUUUCCAGCAUUUUGAAAACACUCAUUUGGUAAAUCAUCAGAUAUAAUGGGAGUGAUUUCCCUUUCCUUUUCUUCAAGGAAAAAUAAAAAAACAACAAGGUAGUGUAAAAUAACUAUUAAAUGGUUGUAUACAAAAAAGACUUCCAACAGUUAUUCUGGUACACUAAAUUGGAAUUAGACCUGUCACAUAAUUUUUUUUCUAAAAUCAUUUGCAAAUACGCUUUUCAAAAACUGCAAGAUAUCUAUUCCCUUCAUAACAAGUAUCACUUCAUCAAAUAUGAAAUGAUUUGCUUUUACAAAAAACCUAAAAACAGUCCUCCCACAAUUCUAAAAUGAAAUUACACCUCUGUCACUUCAGUACAACUGCAGAAAAAAUGACAUCUACAUUUUUUUCCACAACAGUUUAAAAACACUCACUUGAUAAAUCAUACAAUACAAAUAUGGGAGUGAUUUCCCUUUCCUUUUCUUCAAGGAAAAAUAAAAAUCUCCACUUUCACCAAUCUCUAUUUCAGUCAACAAGGUAGUGUAUGUAAAAUACCUAUUAAAUGGUUGUAUACAAAGAAGACUUCCAACAGUUACCGGUAUUCUGGUACACUAAAUUGGAAUUAGACCUGUCACAUGAUUUUUUUUCUAAAAUCAUUUGCAAAUACGCUUUUCAAAAACUGCAAGAUAUAUAUUACCUUCAUAAUAAGUAUUACUUCAUCAAACAUGAAAUGAUUUGCUUUAACAAAAAACCUAAAAACAGUCCUCCCACAAUUCUAAAAUGAAAUUACACCGCUGUCACUUCAGUACAACUGCAGAAAAAUAACAUCUACAUACAUUUUUUUCCACAACAGUUUAAAAACACUCUUUUGAUAAAUCAUACAAUACAAAUAUGGGAACACUUUUUCCUUUCCUUGAAGGAAAAAUUUGAAAAAAAAUCAGCUGUGUCAAACUCCAAUAUCAGUUCAUUAAAAUAACUAAAAUAAUUUUUUAGCAGUUUGGAAUCUUGUGUGAGAUGAAACAGGUGAUUCAAUUAGUGUUUUAGUGCUAGUUGUGGAGGUAUCCGUUGUCAGAGUUGUUUCCAGUGAAAGUGUAGGACUAAGGUUUGAGGAGGAGGUUGGUGUCGAUGCCGCCUGAGGUGGGGUAUGUGGAUGGUUAAGAGGAAUGUUCUCUGGUGCAUUAGGGGGGUUCUCUGGUGCAUUAGGGGGAUUAUUCCUGCAUUCACAUGGGCAACGGAGCAAUUUCUUCUUAAUACAUUGUUUAACAGCAACUACAAUAACUCCCAUGGUUGUAAUAAGAGCCCACGUUAAGAAACCUUCAAAUAUAAAAUAUAAUUGGUGUCAACAUAAAGUCUAAUAAUGAUGCAAUUUUUCUUUUCUUAAUACAUAUCCAAACAUAAUCAAAGAAUGUACAAUGAUUCUUAAAUUUACUGGAUUAUAUUUCAAAUUACAACUCAAAUUACUAAAGUGAUGUUAAGGUAAAGUGAUGCUGUAUCUAAAGUUAAAUUCUAAUAAUCAGUACCUUGACCCAAAAAAUAAAAUAAAAUAAAAAAACAUUGAAAUAAUAUUUUGAUUAAAAACCUGAUGCAUCAAAUACUGUAUCAUAGUCAUUGUCUGAAGAUACAGCCUACAGUCUGUUUAAUUCAAUUUCAGAUGCUGAGGGAAGUUUCUUCCUUUUAUGAUUAAAGAUUUUCCGUUCUUAAAUAUUUGUUUUCUAAACAAUGUCUUGUUCUCUUUAGAUUUAUACACAAGUUUAAAUUGUUUCUUUGAUGGAAAUACAAACACUUACUAAAGUACAAAUACACAUUCCUAUGUUAAUGCACAAGCGUAUGAUAAUAUGCUGACCUGUUGCUGUUUGUACAUCAAACAGUUGGUCAUCGUCCUCAUCAUCAUCAUGUUUAUGGGAUCCUAAAAUAAAACAAUUUUUUCUUUGAAUAUACUUGUAAUAUAUAUUUAGUAUACAUAAUUAUCAAUUUUCCGUUACACACUGGUACAUUUAACACAUCAUCAUCAUCAUACUCAUGGAAUAAUUUUUUUCUUCAUUUUUGAAUUUUUUUAAAUAUUUUAUAUAAAUAAUUAUUGAUUUUUCACUAAGCACUGACCUGCAACAAUUUUAGAACCAAGAUUUAGGGAGUUGUAGGUCCUGCUUGGUGGUGGUGGUGAUGGCAACUUCUGGGUCUCAGCUGUUGUUAUUAUCGGUGGCGGUGAUGGCAACUUCUGGGUCUCAGCUGUUGUUAUUAUCGGUGGCGGUGAUGGCAACUUGUGGGCCUCAGCUGUAGUUGUUAACGGUGGUGGUGAUGACAACUUCUGUGUCUCAGCUGUUUUUGGUAUCGGUGGCGGUGAUGGCAACUUCUGGGCUUCAGCUGUUGUUGUUAUCGGUGGCGGUGAGGACACAUUCGAUUCUGUAAAAAAAAAUAGUAACUUGCAAUGUCUGCUUAUUGUCGGUAAUAGUCAUAUUUUGCUUGCAUUGAAGAAGUCAAUUAAAUAAUGUUUAUAUUCUAUGUUUUAUGGGGUGAGCUUUGUAUGAAUUGGUAAUAGCCUUCUCCUCAUAAAGAUGAUUAUGGAAGUGUAAAUAACUUGUUUACUUUUUUUUUUUUAGAAAGUGGGAUAAGAAAAGACAACAAUUUCAAUACAUGUACACAACCUCAUAAAAUAAAAUAUCAUUUUUAAAUCAAAUAUAUUUUAAAAAUUAAGUGAUGAUCCUUUUGUAUCAACGCUUUCUCCAUACCAUCUUAUUGACCUAUUACCAUUGCAUUCGGAACACCUCGUAUUUCAUUCAACGGUUACAUUUCCGGUAAGAGUUAUCUUUCUUGUUUAUGUAGUGAUUAUGAAUCCGCCACUUUUUUUAAUAUAACCCCCCCCCCUUUUUUCUUCUGUUGCCAUAACAAUCUGAUUUGUAUGAUGUAAAAUAUAUGUACGCUAAGCAUGUACAUUAUCUUUCUUUAUCAUUAUGUAUAUGUAUAUUUACACUUCAAGUUCCAUAUUACUGGUAAUAUCAUAUGGCCGAUGUAUAACAUGAACACAGUCAUAUUCUAAUCAUAUUGUAGUAUGUACACCAAAUAAAAUUUUACUUACGUGGGCACCUGUUGAAAUUUCGGUCUCUUAUUACUGGCCAAUUUGUUACCACCCUGUCGGUCACAAGCUGGACUUCACAGUUGAAAACCCGUAUUUCACGUACAGUGUCUAUAUAGGCGGAGCGCAUCAUCCGAACACAGCGGCUCCCAGAUUUAGUACAAUCAUAAAUUCCUUCAAUGGGCCAGCACAGUUUCUUACAAUUAUCUGAAGCACCAUUAAUCAGGAAUAUCCACAUCAAACAUAACCAUAGGUCUAACGGUCUCGCCAUCAUGCCGUGAUGGGUGCGCGGGUAAAUCCUGCACGGGUUUUUGAUCACAUGACCUCCCUCCAUCUCCUCUCUCUCUCUCUCUCUUAACAAAAUCAGAAAAGGGGGGUAUAAGCCUAACACCUUGAUCUGUAAAUGUAAUAGAAGCAAAAAAAAAAAAAAAAAAAAAAUCCAAAAAACUCGGAUAGAGAAAAUUGAUUUAAUUUAUAAAUAACAUCCUUUAUUACAAAGUUGUUGACUGAUUUGUCCAAAGGUUUAAGUAAAUCACAUUUAGCCCUCGUUUACUACAUUUAAUGUUAUAUAUAAAAUGUCAGUUUUGUAUAUCAGUGUCAGACUUGCGGUAGGUGAACCUCACUGAUAAAAUUUAAACAGCAAUUUAAUCGAAUGGUUAAUUACAUAGCAAAUGCGAGGUUAACGCUUUAUCUUCUUUGAAAUGAAUAAUUUACAUCAUAACCUGCUAGACUAGUAUACUUUACGAUCACGAGUUAAAAAUCACUCUUUUUUUAACAUAACUUAAAUAGAGAACAAGUCAUAAUCAUAAUAUGCUGUAACACCCCUGCGCUGAUGUUGCAAGAUAGAUUGAUAGCGCUAAGAUUAAUAUCAUGAUUAAAUCAAAAGGACACAUUGAAUAAAGAAUACAAAGAACUAGAUACUGUACAUAUUCUCUUACAUAGUUGAAUAAAGAUGCUACAUUGGAUUGAAACGAGGUGACAUGAAUUCCUUUUUUUUCUUACAAUACCUGUGUUUACAGGUGUAGAAAAAAAAUAGAGCAACCAUGAAUUAAUUAACAUAAUUUCACCUCAUUAGAGACCUUCCAGGUAUGCGCAUAUCACUCCUGUCAGGGGUGUCGCGCAGAUAUGUCACGACACAGCGGUAUUUUUAAAAAGGGAAUAUAAUUCAGUUAAUGGAGUAGAGCACCUGCGUCAUUAUCGUGAUGUAUUUUUUUCUUUGACCCGUCAAACUCGUACCCACGGAGAAAGCGCGGAUUGGGUGGUAAACUGUCCCAACCCACUUAAUUUUGUUUGUAUUAUUUCCUCAUUUCCUCACCGAAUUUUUCAUUCAAGACAUAUAAAUACAACGGAGUUUUGCAUUACGUUAUCACCUUGAGAAAAUGGCAGAAGAAUAUCUACAGUUUCUGUAAGUAAUUUUUUUAUUUAAACUUUUCAAAAUUAAUUAAAUAAACUUAGGGAAAUAACAGCUAAUUCGUUUUAAAGAACAACAUAUCUUACAUGCUAACUUUUAAGGAAUCUUUUAUUCAUAUUUUAUUCUCACUUCAUAAAACAAAGAAUUUAGAUUUUAAUAAAACUAUGUUUUCCCCCUAAAAUCUUGAUAUUUUUUUUAUUAUUAAUGCAAUAUUAAUGAUUAAAAACUAUUUUACCGUAAAAAUCUUGGUCCACAUACAAUCUAGUAGCAUAUCAUGACAUUAGUAAUGGUAUUUUAUACGUAUUAUUAUAUAUUUUUCUUUAUAUUUCCACAAAUUCAUUCAAUUAAAAUAACAUAUGAAAACAAUUAUAGUUCGUCGUUUUUUUCCUAUGCUGUUUUGCUGUCUUGUCUAGUCAUUAACAUAUUUUUAAAUGUUCCUUAAAAAUAAUUUUGGUAUAAAUUUACAUUAUCACAGUGACGCAACCAAAUCCACAGAUUCGUUUUCGGAGUUUGAGGAGAUGUGGUUACAAAUGGGGGAGGACUUAGAAAAGUCAGCAUUCGGACCUCCUUACAUUCCAACCCCUCCCUCUCCAAGCUACCAUACAACAUUUAGGACAAUUGCUAAAGAAGAUGAGUCAUUAAAAAGACCCUCAAGUCCUACACCAGAAAACCAGGUUGACAGCAGUAGUUCUGAUGCAGGCAGAUUCAGUCACGUGGAAGACUCCAUUCUGACUAAUCUGAGGAGAACAAACCCUGUAAAAUUACAACAGCUGGAAAACAGAAUGAGGGAACCAGGCCUAGGACAAGUCACGGUCUCAGAUUUUAAAGAACAGUUUGAAAUUGUACAGAGUCUGAUGACCAGAGUUGAAAACGAUUGUGCGCAAAUGAAGAUAAUCAUGAACUUCAUUGAAGACACCUUGAUUAAAAAAAAGAGCUGUGUAAAAAGGGUCAAGUUCACGACCUUGUAGUUCGGUUUGAAGUUUGUGUAAAUGUAUGCGACUUUUGUCUUAAACCGUUGAAAUCAGUGGUCUAAGAAAAGUCUUAAGAACUUCUGAGGAUUGUUCACACAUUAAAAUUAUCAAGAACUCUGUGGAAGAAAAAACGAGUAAGGGAAUUCCAACAACAGUGACUGUGAAUAUAAUGAAAUAAUAUUUAACCCUUUUAAAGGAAAUAGAAAUAUUUGUGAAAAAGUAUAUUGUAGUAACACAGAUUUAUGUACCUAUAGUGUUUGAGUUUAUCUUUUGUGUGUACAUGUGCUUGACACUUAUACAAAUAAAUUAAUGUCUUGUUUUAUUAUAGUGUUGAGACAUUGGAAAACUUUUUUUAAAAGAAAAAACCAUAAUGAUGUGUAAAUGCAUAAUCUUUUCAUGUGAUAGAAAAUAUUAUUAAACUUUUACUUACUUAUU